CAGGGGAAAAAAAAGGCAGCCGAGAAAGAGGUGGGUUUUUGUUUGCUCUCCGAUUUUUCUUAUCCGUUAAUGGCUUCUCUUUAUCUCUCCUCCCCACUUAACUUCUCAGUUUCUAUGUAAACCUUCCGCCAUUAAAGAGUAAAGGAAGAAUGACAUGUUUAUUGCUGCAUUUUCCUCUUAAAUUUGAAGCCCUAAACCCCAAAAAUCCUCCUUUCACUGGGAUGCAUUUUUAGCUGCCAGAAGUUGGGAAAACAGAAAUGGGAAGCUUUACUGCCAUUAUAUUUACUAGCUCACCUCUUCAAGCCAAUGAUUUGUAUCUCAGAAUUCAUAAUUUAACAUUGUGUUAUCAGCAGAAAAGAAGACAUCGUGCAUACUUUGGGCUGAAAAAGCCUCCUUAUAAUUUUGAUGCAUUAGGACCAUCUACGAGCCAGAAAACUCUGGAGUCACAUCGCGGAGAUUACCACAGAUUGGAAGCUUUGAAUACACAUUUAAGUAGGAGUGACGUACUAUAUGGCUACACUAUGGAUGAACUUGUGAAAGUAACAUACAAUUAUGGAAACCCCUUACCUGAAUUAAAUGAUGCUGCACAGACUAAAUUCGAUACUGCAUUGGCAGCUGAAUUACUUAUUGAAAAUGAAGAAGCUGUUAUUGCUGCCGCAGCUGCUGAAGCACUUGCCUUGGCAAGAGCGGCACUCAAACUUGCGAAAGAUGCCGCACUAAUGGCUGUCAGUAGUCAGCCUAUAAAGCCGGAGUCUAAACCUGAAGGUCAAUCACUUUUUCCUGAUGGUGCUCAACGCUUAGAAAGUGAACAACUUGGGAGUGUGAGAAACUCUGAGAUUGCUGGCACUUCUCUUAGAGAAAGUCGUCCUGAUGACAUGGAGCCAACAAAGGAGGAGCUUCAACUUCUAGAAGCAGAACUUGCUGAAAGCAUUACUGUUAGGUCGACACGUCAAGGAGAAAGAAAGGCCAGGAGAGCAAGGGCUGCAGACAAGGCUGCAUCUAAUGUUGUUACUCUUAAGUUAGGGUCUAAUAGCCGUAAAAAGCGAACAUCUGUGCAAGAAGUGGAUUAUUCCGAUCCAUUACGUUACUUGAGAGGAACCACCACCUCUUCUAGGCUUCUUACUUCUGCAGAAGAACUGGAGUUGUCAGCAGGGAUUCAGGACUUGCUCAAACUAGAAAGACUCCAUAAGGAGCUGAAGGAAAGAUUUGGGGAUGAGCCAUCCUUUGUACAAUGGGCUGCUGCAGCAGGUAUUGAUCAGAGGACUUUAAGAAAGCGUCUAAACCACGGUAUUAUGUGCAAGGAUAAAAUGAUCAAAAGCAACGUAAGGCUUGUGAUAUCAAUUGCCAAAAAUUAUCAGGGAUCAGGAAUGAAUCUUCAAGAUCUUGUUCAGGAAGGAUGUAGAGGCCUUGUUAGAGGUGCAGAAAAAUUUGAUGCUUCCAAAGGUUUCAAGUUCUCAACAUAUGCUCAUUGGUGGAUAAAACAGGCAGUUCGGAAAUCUCUUUCUGAUCAGUCCAGGACAAUCCGCCUCCCAUUCCACAUGGUUGAGGCAACUUAUAGAGUAAAAGAGGCUAGAAAACAGCUGUAUAGUGAAAAUGGAAGACAACCCGAUAAUGAGGAAGUAGCUGAGGCUACAGGGCUGUCAAUGAAGAGGCUAACAGCGGUGCUAAUGACUCCUAAGGCUCCACGGUCAUUAGACCAGAAGGUCGGACUCAAUAUGAAUCUCAAACCUUCGGAAGUAAUUGCAGACCCUGAAGCAGAAUCUGCUGAGGAUUUGUUGACUAAGCAGUUCAUGAGGCAAGAUCUCGAGAAGGUUCUCGACACGUUGAGUCCGAGAGAGAAGCAGGUAAUAAGAUGGAGAUUUGGACUGGAAGACGGAAGAAUGAAGACGCUACAAGAGAUUGGUGAGUUGAUGGGUGUCAGUAGGGAAAGGAUUAGACAAAUUGAGUCAUCUGCUUUUAAGAAGCUGCAAAAUAAGAAGAGAAACAAAAAUUUGCAACAAUAUUUGUUCACAUAAGAUCCAAGCUACAAGCUUCAUGUAUUUAUUUUCUCAUUUAUGCUUGAAGUAAUCUUCUUAUGGGAUUACUUGCUUAUUUGAUUUAGAGAAUCCUCAUUUUCUUUUUCUACUUUGGGGGGAAGUGGGGGUGCUGAUGUAUGUGGCAUUUUAGGGAAGUACAAAGUUCAUUUAUUUUUGGUAUAGAGGUCAUUUUCCACCCCCAAUUGUUCAAGUGUAGCAUAUUUGAUUAUGAAGAUAGAGACAAAAAUAGAGGAAUGAUACAUGUAGCAAGCAAUUGCAUAAAAUAAUGAUUUAUUGUUGAAGUAUAUCAAAUGUGUACAUUAACAUA